AUGGAAGAGCCAUUGAAAGCAAAAGUCACCUUAGACAUUGUCAUCGUCGGUGCUGGUUUAGGUGGGCUCGCAACGGCCGUAGCACUUGCCAGGAGAGGCCACAAAGUUACGAUCUUAGAACAGGCCGCACAUCUUUCGGAGGUGGGAGCAGGAAUUCAGAUACCUCCAAAUUCCAGCAAGCUUCUCCAGCGCUGGGGUGUCAUGGAUGUCAUGGCCGACCAAGCCGUCCGACCGGACAGCAUUUCCUUCCGGCGAUGGAAGAAUGGUGAAAAGAUCGGAUAUACUGACCUCUCGGAGACUUUCGUUGAAGCGUGCGAUCUUGGGAUCGCGAUCCGUCUAGAUAGCAGAGUGUCUGGCUACAACUCUCUUUUACCCACUGCUACCUUGGUCAAUGGGCAAGUUGUCGGGGCAGAUCUGAUCAUCGCCGCUGAUGGAGUAAAGUCCGUGGCUCGAGAUUCUGUUUCCGGCAGUCGGAGUAGUGGCCCAAAGUAUACGGGCUUUGCUGUCUACAGAGCGACUGUCAACGUCAGCAAGAUGAGACAGAUUCCAGAGAUUGCAUGGCUGUUAGAGAAACCCGGCUUGCAUGUUUGGAUUGGCGAGGAUCGCCACGUCAUGACUUACACCAUUGCAGCUGGUGAGUCCUUUAAUAUGGUGCUCUCUCACAGGGAUGACCGAGAUCCCUCGACCUGGCCGCAGAAGAGCCAAAUGGAUAUCCUUCAAGAUAUGAGAGCCGAGUUUCAGGGUUGGGAUAGCCAGCUCACCAAGAUUAUCGAACUCGUCGAUCAGACAAUCAAAUGGCCAUUGAUGACAGGCGACCUCCUUGAAAAUUGGGUCGCUGAGUCGUCUAGGUUGGUGAUUCUGGGCGAUGCGGCACAUGCUAUGCUGCCAUACAUGUCUCAGGGCGCUGCGAUGGCAGUGGAAGAUGGCGCUGCACUCGCCGUUGUCCUCAGUAGCAUUACUACCCAGGAGCAACUUGGUCUUGCGCUCGACGUGUUUCAGCAGGAAAGGAAACGGCGGACGUCGAUGAUGCAGGAAGCGAGUAUGGUGAACGCAUUCCUGUGGCACUUCAAGGAUGGCCCAGAACAGAGAGCUCGAGACGCGGCGAUGCGCCCUGAAGUCGAGGGACGGAGGUUUAGCAGCAGCCCCAACCAGUGGUCUGACCCUCUGACUCAGUCGUGGGCGUACGGGUAUGAUGCUGAAGAUGUCAUGAAACAGCGGUGGCAGGAGAGAAUGGCGUCGAAGACUGAAGAGUGA